ACCUAAAUUAAGGAUCUUUUUUUUUAUACAGGAAAUGUCACAUUCAAAGUGUUGCAUGAUGGUGGGAUGCAACUGAAGCGCACGACCAUGGAAGCGAAGCGUGUACUAAAUGCCACGGUUAACAGCAGCACAAUGGACGUCCAACUGGUCACGCACAGUCUCUGGGAGGUGGUCACCAUAGCGACCGUGUCGGCCAUUGUCAGCCUCGUCACCAUCGUGGGGAACGUCCUGGUGAUGGUCUCCUUUAAAGUCAACAGCCAACUGAAGACGGUGAACAAUUACUACCUGCUGAGUCUGGCGGCUGCGGACCUCAUCAUCGGUGUCUUCUCCAUGAACCUGUACACCUCCUACAUCCUGAUGGGUUACUGGGCCUUGGGGAACCUGUCCUGCGACCUGUGGUUGGCCGUGGACUACGUGGCCAGCAACGCCUCGGUCAUGAACCUGCUGGUGAUCAGUUUCGACAGGUACUUCUCCAUCAGCAGGCCUCUCACCUACAGAGCCAAGCGGACUCCGAAGCGGGCCGGCGUCAUGAUAGGCUUGGCCUGGCUGGUCUCCCUCGCUUUGUGGGCGCCGCCCAUCCUAUGCUGGCAAUACUUUGUGGGGAAAAGAACUGUCCCCGAGAGACAAUGCCAGAUUCAGUUUUUCUCCGAGCCCAUUAUAACAUUCGGAACAGCUAUUGCAGCGUUUUAUAUCCCCGUGUCGGUCAUGACCAUCCUCUACUGUCGGAUCUACAGAGAGACGGAAAAACGGACCAAGGAUUUAGCAGAGCUUCAGGGAGUCAACCAGUCCACGCAGCGUGACGUCACCCAUCCUCCGAUUAUCCGAUCGUGUUUUAGCUGUAAACUGAGGUCUGCGUCACAAGACCGCACUCAAGCCUCCUGGUCGUCCUCGAGCAGGAGCCACGUUGCCAGGUCCACCGCUUCCACCAACGAGGAGUGGUCUAAAGGUGGUCAGCUGACCACCUACAACAGCUACGCCUCCUCUGAAGAUGAAGACAGGUCCGUGUCUCCGGGGGCCUCGCAGCCCUCCGAGAACCAGGUUUGCGAGAGCGGCAGGGGCACGGCGGGCAGCGAGCGCGAACAGCUGAGCAGCUACGACGAGGACAGUUUCUUCCAAACGAUCCCCAAAAGCAACUCCCAGAGGAGUAGCAAGUGCGUGUCGUACAAGUUCAAACCCGCAGCCCAAGACACUCUGGCGCCACACCAGAGCAAAAACGGCGACUCUAAAAGAACGUUCUCUUCGGCAGAGUCCGUGAGCGCUCCGGCCGCCUCUUCAUCAUCUAAGGAUGUCACGCUGAAGAACCACAUGACAAAGAGGAAGAGGAUGGUCCUGAUUAAAGAGAGGAAAGCUGCUCAGACGCUGAGCGCCAUAUUGCUGGCCUUCAUCCUAACGUGGACGCCGUACAACAUCAUGGUGCUGAUUUCCACCUUCUGCUCGGAUUGCAUCCCUCUCUCCCUGUGGCACCUCGGCUACUGGCUGUGCUACGUCAACAGCACCGUCAACCCCAUGUGCUACGCCCUCUGCAACAAGACUUUCCAAAAGACCUUCCGCACGCUUUUACUCUGCCAGUGGAAGAAGAAGCGGAUUGAGGAGAAACUCUACUGGUACGGACAAAACCAAAUGGUUGGAACCAAACUUACUUGA